UAACAGCAACGACGGCAACAGAAGCUGGUCAUUGCUGAAUUUUGCAGAGCUCUUUGUCUCCUUUUCUUUUUCUCUCUCUUCUGUCCCUAUUUUCCCUGUGACACAAAUACAAAAGCUUCAGCUUCAGAAGGGUAACACACUUAACACUACAACAAGCUUUGACACAGCUCAGAGAAAAGAGAGAAUGGGAGAAGGAAGAAGAGGAACAUCAAAGCUGAGAGAAGCAGCAAGGAAGGUGGCUGUGGCUGCUGCAUAUGCUUGUGGGUCAUUCUCAAGAAGAAAAGCUUUGGUGGAUCCAGUUUCCAUUGACAACUCUUGUAGUCCAUCUGCUACUGUCUCAAAUUCCUCAGCUGUGUCUCCAUCAACAACAAAAAAUUCCUCAGGGGAGGUAAGAGAAGAUCCUGAUUGUGGUACCACUUCCAACAUCAACAACAAUGAGCUUCAUAAUAAGAAUUUGUGUGCAAUAUGUUUAGAUCCUCUGAGUUACCACAGCAAGGGAAGCAGUCCAGGCCAAGCUAUAUUCACUGCUCAGUGCUCUCAUGCAUUCCAUUUUGCCUGCAUCUCUUCCAAUGUCCGCCAUGGUAGUGUCACUUGCCCCAUUUGUCGUGCCCAUUGGACCCAACUCCCUCGCAACCUAAACAACAACCUUUGUGGUUCUUUCACUUCUAGUAACCAAUCUGAUCCCAUUCUGCGAAUCCUUGAUGAUUCUAUUGCUACCUUCCGUGUUCAUCGCCGUUCUCUUCUGCGCUCUGCACGCUAUGAUGAUGAUGAUCCUGUUGAGCCUGAUGACACACCUGGCAGCCCCAAGCUGUGCUUCUCUCUUGUGCCUAUUCCACCAAAUGCACCAGCAAGUUUCCAUCCGGCUUUGCAAGUCACAAAACAUGCCUCAUGUCCUUGCCAUCUAUCCCUUCAUCCUUUAACUUGCAGCUCCUCAUCACUGUUACAAUCUCCACCAAUGCAGACACCUUAUAUCAUGUGCCCCUCCUCCAAUAGAGUUUUUCUUUCUGUGAAACUAACCCAUGAACGAGCAACUGACUUGGUCUUAGUUGCUAGUCCCAAUGGACCACACCUAAGACUUCUCAAACAAGCAAUGGCUCUUGUGGUUUUCUCCCUCAGACACAUCGAUCGCUUGGCCAUUGUUACAUACUCCUCAGCCGCAGCUCGUGUCUUUCCCUUAAGACGCAUGACAUCCUAUGGAAAACGCACAGCCCUUCAAGUCAUCGACCGUUUGUUUUACAUGGGACAGGCUGAUCCAGUUGAAGGGUUGAAGAAAGGAAUCAAGAUACUUGAGGACCGCGUGCACAAGAACCCUGAGUCCUGUAUCCUACACUUAUCAGAUAAUCCUACAAGACCAUACCAUGCUAUAAGCAUGGAACUACCAUCAACACCAAUUCAUAGAUUUCAUGUGGGAUUUGGCUUUGGCACUUCAAGUGGGUUUGUCAUACAAGAGUUUGAGGAGUUCUUGGCCAAGAUGUUGGGAGGCAUUGUUAGGGAAAUCCAACUUAGAAUAUGCGGUGCUGGUGAGGAAGUUGGCAGUGGGAGAGUCAUAAGAAUUGGAGAGAUAAGAGGAGGAGAAGAAAGGAGGAUUCUGUUAGACCUUGGUGAUUGCACUCAUGUGUAUGUGGAAUAUAGCUACAUUGAAGGUGAGAUUGAUGAGUGUGUUAGAAGAACAGGGGAAACUGUUGUAGGUGUUGGAGAACAUAAAGGUGAUGUUACAGAAGCUAGUGCGGAAACAGUGAGGGAUAUGAGCACAGGUGGUAGGACUAGCAGUGUUGAAAGCUGGGAUUUUCAUGACCCUUAUAUGGCUAGAAGAUGGGCUAAGCAUUUGCAUGGUUAUAGACUUUGAAAUUACAACUAUUGUUUUAUAUAGACCAAUGCAUUCCUGUGAUGCUAUUGUGUUCUUGGCCAUCCCUACUUUUACUCUUCAAUUUUUUUAGCUAGACUUGUAAUCGUA